UCCAAAUGUCAGCUGUUUUAAUACUAAAAACGUGAGUCAUAAUUUAGAUUAUGACAUGAAUGCAUGUGCAGGGUUCACACUGAGUCAACUAGACUCGUCUUUUAGUAAGAAUCUGCAUUUUUGGAUGAAGAUUUUGUGAAUAAUCAGUGGAUGGUGUGUGAAUGUUGAUGUAAUUGGAAGCUGUUAACCAGAAAAAGUUAACAAGGGGUCAAAGUAUUCUGUCAAACCGCUCCAUAUAAAGUUACAAUGCAGUGUAACAUGGCACCUGCAAGCAGUGUCUUCAUGUUAAAGUGAAAACAUGGAUGCAGCAGAAGAUCUGGAGACACUUGGUGAGCAACUGUACAGUCUGAUUUACCCCAAGCACAAGGAGAAUGCUGGAAAACUCACAGGUAUGCUGUUGGAGUUGCCAGGUCCUGUCCUUAAUCAGAUGGUGCAGGACAAGGCCACGUUGACUGCAGGCGUGGAGAAAGCCCUCCAAGCCCUGCAGCUGGCACAGGAGCACAGCAAGGGAACGUGUAAGGACGACGAUGACGUGUCUGGGUCUUCUGACUCUCUGGGGGAGCAGCUGUUUGAGAUGGUGGAUGUUUACAACACCGGCCACUCACACAAAAUCACAGGGAUGCUUCUGGAGCAGCACAAAGAGGCUGUUUUAAACCUUCUUUCAGACCCCAAACUGCUGGAAGAGCAGGUGAACUUUGCCCUGAAGACACUUAAGGAGCUGAACAUGGAAGGGACAGACAUUAGUGACACGUCAGACGCUGACGACACAGAGAGGCUCGGAGAGAAGAUCUUCUCACUGGUGGAAGAGAUGGAUCCACUUCAUGCAAAUGAUAUUACAGGUAUGCUGCUUGAGAUGGACCCAGCUGCUCUCCAACAGCUGCUCAGCGACCACACGCUGCUGGAGGUCGCUGUCCAGAAAGCACAAGCAGCACUCGACACUCAGAAUCAAACUCUCUCUACUUGACCAGAAGAGCAUAGCAACAUUUUGCACACAGAAUAAGACAUUAUUAAAUGAAUGACUUUGAUGAACUCAGACAAUAUGAUGCUUUGAAGAGCAAGGCACAUCACUUCAGGAGACCAUGGUGAUACAGUUUUACCAAUAUAAGCAGCUAUCUUUGUUUUUAUACUGAUUGUUGAGUUGACUGUGGAGAGACUAAGUUGACUAGACCUACUGGAAAUAAAUGAAAUGUCUAGUUAGCCCAAAUUGAUAUUGCCCCUUUCAAAUAUGGGUUCUCACUUUGUUCGCACGUGAUUGUCUCUCUCAGAUAAAUGGACUGAGCUUAAGUGCCAGUGUUGAACGACAAACAUUUCUGCAUCUAUGUUGCUCCACCUGGGAGCCGAGCUUCCACAUCAAAACAUCAUAAUCAUUGCUGCUUGAUGAAAAUGUUUACAGUAAAAGAGGAUUUACUUGUAAGUCUGUCAAAGAAGUGAAGAUUUCAAAGUGUUGCCAACAGUCAUGCUAUGACAAUUUUGUUUUUGUAUUGUACAUAAUGUGUAAAUUGAUGAAAUGUUGUCGCUAAGAGAAAAUACGGCAGAUUAUAUAUAUAUACAUAAACCAAGAACUAACUUGAAAUAUCUCAACGUGGUCACAGCAGUGUUUUUAUUGCAUUUCCAUGUAAAUGAG